GAAUUGGCAUAAAGGAUUUAUGUACAAAGAAUACGAUAUGCACAGUAAAAGCUGAAGGUUAAAAAGUGGAGUUUGGAAGGGAUUGAGUGAUGCAAUGUAGCAGCCACAAGUUGACCCUUAGCAUCUCGAAUUAAAGCACAUCCUUGGGUUUCGGAUCGAUCAAACUGGCUAUUGUUUAUACUGACGAUUAUGUUUCUAAAGCUAGAGCAACAUCUGGACUUUCAAGGCUUUGAAAUGGAGAAUAUUAGAGCAUGCCAUGAAGUUCUUGCCUAUAUCUAAACCCCUGGAGAACCUUGCAGUUGCACUCUUCAUCAAAGCUUCUAAAUACACCGUCUUCCCAUAAAUUUAGCACUCCUUAUAAUCUUCACUCACGUGUGAGAAACGAAUCCUUCGAGACAUAACAGAACAUCAAUGCAGAGAGCCUAUCCAAGUUAUAUAUAUGUAAAAAUGAAUAGCCUUGCACCUACUCAAAUUAAUCACAAGAACAAGCACAUCAAAACACUCCCUGAGCAGCAUAGCAUUUCUAUCAAAACACUCUCAGUUGCAGUGACAUUCAACUUUUCUUUUCCUUUUUUAAAUCUCUGGCCAAAUCCAGAACCUCAAGUUAGGACUUGUGAUGGUCUAUUUCCUCUUGUCAUCCAGAGCCUUAGCCAAUCUAAACUCCGGAAGCUUUGCCACAAAGUUCAACUCUUUCUCCACUGCUACCAAGUAACGAGCAAUAUGCCUAUGGCUUCAUAUCUGGGUGAACAUAAACAAAGCCAAAUCAGAGAUGUAAACUAUUCUUGUGGCCCAAAACCAAAAUAUGCCACAGGACCGGAGAGCGAGAGCAAUUGGAGAACGACGUCGUUCUAAAUUAUAUGAUUUAAUUGGUGGCACCCGAUUGAAGCUCUUCCUCCUUUUACAGCACUCGCCACUCGGUUCCCCGUAGAAUGAUGGCUUUCAGAGGGAUUUCCAAACGAUUUCACCUUAUUCUCUCUCCCUCAAACCCUAGUUAUGCAGCAUCUCAAUUCUUCUUCUCCAGGGGAUUCUCUUCCAAGCUCUUUGUCAAAGGUAUAUCUUUCUCCAGUACAGAGAAGUCAUUAGCUGAAGCAUUUUCAAAAUUUGGUCAUAUUGUUGAAUCUAAAAUAAUAAGGGAUAAAGCUAGCAACAGAUCUAAAGGUUUUGGGUAUGUGACCUUUGCUACUGAGGAUGAAGCGAGAAAGGCCUUGAUGGAGAUGAAUGGGAAGCUGGUAGAUGGACGUCCUGUUUUCGUUGAUAAUGCUUAGCCAAGGAGCAGCGGGGGACCACCGAGGCAAUAGCUGACCAAUGAAUUGAUAAUAUUGCUCCUUUUCUAUUAGGAUUCAUAACAAAGGCAGCGAAGUGGUCGAGCAACUGGGUGGUGAAAACCAGGCACUGGUCUUCUAUCUCCUGUCUGUACACUGAUUCUGCAUAAUGCUUCCUUAUAUUUGGUCACUCUAGCUGGAGGGAAAGGGAGAGGUGCAUUAAUGCUUGUGUUUUUGGCCAAAUAAUUCACUGUUGGCUAGUUUUUCAAUGGCCUUUGUUCAUAUUAAAAACCAUCAUGCUUGUCCAA